GAAGAACUUUCGAUAGGGAAGAUGGCGGCGCUCGGGCCGCCUCUUCGCACCUUUCGUAGCCUAAUGCACGAGCUCCGUUAUGCUCAAGGAGAGGCCGGCCGCUCCUACCGGGACUCCCCGGCUUAUCAGUAUUUGAGGGAGGCCUUCCGCGCACACCGGGUAACCAGUGAAAAAUUAUGUAGGGCUCAACAUGACCUACAUUUUCAGGCUGCCACCUAUCUCUGUCUUCUGCGUAGUGUCCGGGAGCACUUAGCACUACAUAAAGAAUAUCAUGGAAAAGGAGAGCGGUCAGCAGAGGAAGUGGCUGGACUUGUAGGCCUUAAACUACCACGGCAACCUGGAGGGAAAGGAUGGGAGCCAUAGAUAUAAAGGGAGAAUACUUCACAAUAACUUUAUAAUGAACAGUGUUUUCCAAGACACUGUAUUUGUUUAAAUAAAAUGCUUGUAUUAAA